AUGGCUUCUGUUCCCGGAGAUAGUCCAAGCAUCCCGCCAGAGAAAAGCAUUGUGCUGAAGGGUUGGGAAAAGCUGGACGAUGAUGUCAUCAUUAAGGAGGUGUCUACCAAGGGCAAACACGUCAACCUUUGCAUCCAAUAUCUUGCCGAACGGAACGAGCUUUCCAUGAAGGAGGCCAAGAACUACUUUCUCCAGAAGGUGAAUGCGUACGUCUAUCGGUUACUGUCGAACCGGCAGCUGUACAAAGCGCACCACAUCCUGACGAAUAUCGAUCGCGUUCCGCGGUACGUAUUUUACCAGAUCGCAGCCGAAACGACCGAUCACGGUUUGCGGGACUACAUACGGGAGCAUCUGGCCCGGACGGUCGAAAACUACAGCAACGGUGAGGAGGAACGGAUCGCGGCCAGCUGGCGGGUUUACACACAGCUAAAAGCGAACGUGCGCCAGAUGGCCGAGGUUCUGAAUGAGGUGACGACCGGGUACACGGUGCUCGAGAUCGAAACGAUGUCGUUCAACACGUUCUGCAUGAAGGAGGACGUCUACCGGAACUCGGUCGCUGUGGAUUUGUUCUUUAAAAACCAAGAAACUGAAAUCUCGCCCAUCCUCGACCGGUACACCGUAUGGAGCUAUCUGCUGAAAAACAACAUUGCCAACUUGGUGAAGAUAUGGAUUCAGCUUAACAGUUGCCUGCGACGCUGCUUCCACGAGGGCACCGAUCCAACGCCACAUUUGUUGCGCAUCAAAAUUGACAUAUACGAUGAUCCGCGCUUUAACGAGCGUCUGCGCCAGCUUUUUCAGCGAUGGGAAAUUGAUGAUUUCAUGCUGUCACAGCUAUCGCACCACCGAUCGCUCUCACGCAACGACAUCCUGCUGAACGAAUUGGCCCGUCUUGGGAAAUUUCUCGACCACGAACGCAACGAUGCGGUUGCCAUCCUUCGCCGGCUGUUCACCACCGAAUCCGUCAAGCAGCACCGCGAAUGGACGGAAGCGAAAUGGUUCCGCGUGCAGCUAACGCGCCAGAUGGUGGAUAAUCGAUUCUUUACCAUGCUUGGAUUGCCGAUCGUGUGCAAAGAGUUGCUCGAUCAGAUAGCGUCGGAUCCGGGAGCACAGCAUCAGGAUGAGGUGAAUCUGUUUUUGCAACUCCAAAAGUUGAAAGAUCGCGCAAUCACCGGGAAGGAGCUGCUAAACGUAUCGCGCACCACCUCCGCUUAUAUACUGCAGCACAAUCGUGCCUUUUACGAGGAAAACCCCAUUGUGUAUCUGUUUGAGUAUGGUUUGGAUGAGACUCACACACAAUUUGAUGAGGACAAUUCGUGUCUCGCUAAGUUGCCACAUCUUCAAAAUUUCAUUAUCCGCUGUAAGGCUGGCUUUGGUGUAGGUGAAACGAAUGGUCUCAUUAUUAGCAAACUGCUUGCGAUCGCCGGCGUCCCGCAUUCGUCUAAAGUGAAACAGUUUCUCUUUCACGGUACGCGUACCGAUGCAAAUGGUGCAGUUGAGGAAGAGGAUGAACGUGCGUCUCAGCUGGAACUGCUCGAGCAGUAUGGUACCAUUCCACACUUUAACCAUCCGCUGCUGGUGAGCAAGUACGGGCAACCGGUCACACUGCGUUACAUGCACUACAUCCGACUGCAUCGCGCCUGCCACGCUGUGUACGAGUUCUAUCGUGAACAGCUGCAAAACUAUUCGCAGAUAUCCGCACGCCAGUUGAACAGUGCGGCCCAGACUGUGGCCCAGAUGGCAAUCGAAACCUACUGGGAUAGGGCACUUGCCACACAUGCUGUCGCUUUCAUUGAAAUGAUCGGUGUGAGUAGUGUACCGACACGGGCCUAUCUUCGCUGCUUGUCUCUAGUCAGUGGCGCCGCUCAGGACAUGCAACGGCAAGACGAUGACGCCACACCGAUCAGGCUUACUGUGGCCAAUCUGUUGCGGCGCUGUGAGGAAGCAAUCUGUGACAAAUCACUCGAUGAUCCCGAGCUGCUAAUCGAUCUCGAAGCGAUGACGAUCGUUGCAAAAGCGAACGGACUGCCCUAUCCGGAAUCAUAUCUGCGGGAACAAUUGCUGGCUAGAAACGAUUGGUAUCGUUUUCUGCUGUUGGUUGAUUAUCUCUGCUACCCGCAGGAGCAAAUAGUUGAGCUGUGUCGGACGGGUUUCGGGGAAACACGCAUCGGCAGAAAUCUUAUGACGGCGCUGCUACACCAACCAAGACCGAUCGAGAGUGGCCGGGAUGGGCAGACAAGCUCAAGCUCCUUCACCUCCAUCAAGAGACGCUCGAGUUUAACACCUCGCCGUAGAAGAAGGGCAAGCAGUACAACUGCCGAUUCUAGCGGUCAUUCCAGUAUAUCCAGCGAAACCGAUGCCACUUCGAUCGGACGCAGCACGUCCGGUAUCGGUGGACAUACCAGCACUUCAUCGCCACCUCUUCAGCUACCAGCCACAGACAUCUCCACCAGCUCAUCUUGCUCGCUUUACGAUGGGGCCGGAUUCCUUUCCGAACGGUACGACACGGACCUCGUCUCCAUGGUGUUACUGUGCUCGAAUGAAUCCAACCCCUACACAGCAACCACAGUUCAGCUACCGUGCGAUUUCGAUGCCUUCAAGCGUCUCACCAUGCAGGCCACUACCAAUCGGCAAUCAUCUCAACGCUACCCAUACACGUACCAAAACUUGCUCGAUCGUGCAAUCCGCUACCAGUGGCCGCUGUUGGCUCUGCUCGCCGGUGACGUGUGUCCGGAAGGCAGCGAAAGUCGUCGAUACUGUUGGAUAGUGUGGGCAAUGUUAGCCGGCGAGUUCCCGUUCCGGGACAAACUGCCGCACGAACAAAGGGAACGAGAACUUGAUCCCGAACGGACAUUUGUAUGCGGUUUGAUAGAGCACCUGGUACGGACGGGUCGACUCUGUACGCUCGCUAGCUCACUGGCGGUUUUCUAUCCCGAGUCCGGUUGGUACCAUCUAGCAGCGUACCUCAGCCUAACCGAAGACGUGCUGUUCGACGGGAAUCAGGCGGCCGAUUUGCUAACUAGCUUUCUCGCACGUUCUGCCAGCGCCGGGGUUGAAUGUUUCCUGCUGCACAUACCGAAGUACGAAAUGUUUAACUUUUGCGCCCGUCUGCUCAUGAUACAUCUCGAUCGUCGGUCCUCGCUGCACCACCAGUUUUUACUGCUGCAGUCGUACGUGCGAUGUGAUUUUCAGUGCUUUCUCGUCCCUGGGACGGAUUUCGAACGGAUGCUGCGCAUAUGCGAGAUCGUCCGCCACUGCGAUGUAACGAUUGAGUUUCUUGCGCUGCACGAAUGUUCUAGAGGUGGUAAAGAGCAACAGCUGGGUGUGUAUGAGUCGUUGUGUGAGCAGCUCGUCGCUAGGAAGCACCACGAGGCAGCUAUUGCCGUGGCGGAAGAGGCGGGCCUUCCACGUGAAAGUAUUAUCUUCGAGCACUGGGUGAGUGGAUUUGAAUCAAGCGGUUCGGUUGGAUCGUUUGAGCGUUACCGAGUAGAGAGCGAGCGCUAUGGACUGGGACCGGUACUACGUAUCAGCUUCUUUACGCACAUUGCUAAUCGGCUUGAGUACGGUGACCGCCAGCGGUACGAUUUGCUGCGAUGUGCGCUGGAGUUGAUCCGGGAGCAUGGGCUCUAUCCGAGUGAAACGUUCGAUCGUGAUCGGUUAGAGUACGAGCUGGCGCUGAGCUAUAUACGCUGCACGGACGAACGUCCAGAAGUGCUCGAACUUUACUGCUCCCAGUACUGGUGCAACACACAGCAGCAGCCACAUUCACCAUCGACAGCAGCCGUCCUGUAUCAUACGUUUCUCGAGCUAAAAGAGGUCGCUGGAAUUGAUGAUCUCACCCUGUCCAACGUUCCGCUAACACAACCUGAAGAGCGACUACGACUAGACGCGCUCAUCAACCGGCUGCUCGACUGUGGGGACAUUGUACAAGCGUUGCGUUAUCAAGCGAUUUUCGAACAGCGCCCGCUGGAUCUACAUUUUAUCGUGUUCUGUAUGGCGCUAGCGGAAGGGCUUGUCAGCUUGUACAACCUUUCGAAGGAGGAACGGAUGUUGCUGAACGAGGAUAGUGCUCGUUCGUCUGGACGAUUUCAACGUCGUACCUUACGGUUCAGUCGCGUCAGUCAAAGCAGCCAGAUCGGUGGCUCACCCAUGAAGAGUGGCCCGGCGCAGUUAGAUUCAUCCGAUACGAGCACCACGGCAAUGUCCGAUUUUGAGGAAGUGCCAUCCCGUGAGCGUCAAGAUAUUUUCGAAGCUGUUAGUGCCCUUGGUAAUCGCAUCACACACGGACAGGAGCUUGCUCAGCGUGUUGUCCUCACGUACCGUGUUGCCAUGUAUCUUGACCGAGAGUACAAUGAGCUGCUAAAGUUACGCGAUCCACUCGCCUUCCUGCCGGAGGUAGUGCGGGAAGAUUGUGUCCACAAGCUGGAGGUGAUCAGCGACAUCGUUACGGCGACACGCAUGAGCAUCGAAAGCUUUACCGAUUUUCUUGCAUCGGAAAUCGUGUCGGCGGUGGUACGUUCGAAGUUUUAUCUGUUUCAACGGCAACAAUCGCAGUCGACCCAUGUGUCCGAUGAGCUGCUGUGGGGUUACAACAUUGAUCGCGAGUUUCAUCUGUUUCUCGAGCUCGCACCAAGCACCACGGCGUUAGGCAAUGUGCUGCUGCGUUACUGCAAUGCAUUUCGACUCUAUCGCAAACGUCGCGAUACGGCAGGAGACGGCGCGGGUGUGCAGGAUGCAUUGGAAUCGUUUGCUUCCCUUCCCGCCUUAAGGUUGAACGUGUCCGGCACUGAUCUCGUGGAUCGUUUGGAUCAAAUCCUGCAAGGACAAGUGCUGUCGCUGAAGAAGCAAAACACGAUCAUAGUGGCGUUACUGGUGAAAGCGCAUGAUUGUUUCGUGCACGAAUGUUCGAUGGAAGGUAUUAUGGAGGUGUUGGCAUGCUGCAAGGCCCUCACCGUCAUCCUGACGGCGGCAAAAUCUUGGAACUUGAUCGUCAAACUGCUCGUUGGAAUAGGCCGCUAUCGUGAUAUGUACUACUGCUUCGAGACACUGAUCGGACACGAACAGUUUGAAUCACUGCUAGGUCAGUUUGAUGAUCGUGCCACUAAUGGACGGCGACUGCAGUCCGCCAUCAUUACCUACCUGAACGAACACUGUCCCGAACGGCGUGACUAUUUCCGCCUAGCAGCACUCCAUUUCCGCAUGUACAGAGAAAUCGCCGAACUGUGGGAAACGGAAGCGCACAGUACGAUCGAUGCGAUUGUCAAGACGUACGAGAUUAGGCAGGCAAUUCCUACGAAAGCGCAAUCCACCACAACUGCUGCGUACAGUCAUCGUCUGCAGGUGACAGCGCUCGUCCAGACGGAACUAACAAGCGCUAUGGACGCCUUUACACACGCGACCGAAAACUAUCUGCUUGAUAACAAUCUCACACUCGCACAACGUGCCGCUGCCAAUGCAGAGCUGAUAGCGUUACAAAUCUGCUACGUGCGGCAAGCACUGGCCGCGUCGGAAAAGGGACAAAGUGAGUCAAGUCCUUCGAGCAGCGGCACAGCAAGCAAACAAACGACACCUACCUGUCUUUCCGUGUUGAACAUUCGUCCACCGAGUGACGAUACUCGCCGCGGAGGAACUAUGCAGGAAAUCACAGGCACCAACACUGCCACCGGCACGUUGCUCUACUACAUCAACUUUUUACUCAGCGUCCCGCAAGCUCUCAUCGUGGGUCGAGCCUACGGGAUCGAAAUCAACUGGCCCGGUGCUAUCUAUCAGCACUACAUCAUCCAGGGCGAGACGGCCUACCUCGAGGACUAUCUCGAUCGUCUCCCGCUAACCGAUGGCAUGAUUGAAACAUUGGUGAAACUGUUCCAGCUAGAACCAUCGCUUACACCGCGCAUGGAACAAGCGAUCGGAACAUUUAUCGAUCGUAUCCAAUCGGUGACGCUCAAAUAUCGCUUAUCGUCACUGCUCGGGUUGAAGAAAACUAUACACGUAUUAAUAAACGGUAGCGCUGCCUACUAUCUGAAGGACACCAACUAUGGCAAGAACGAUGUGGAGGCGAGUGGUGGUGGUGGCGGUAGCGGAGGAAGCAGUGGUGGUGGAAACAGUGCAGCAUCAAGCAUAAUGGGUGGAAGCAGUGCUGCUGCAGGGGCUGCCAUGGGUGUUAGCAUGACGAACAGCUUGGUAGGAAGUGCCAGCAUCACAAGCAAUACCGUGUCCCUGCACACCAUGUCCAGUUCGUGA